AUGAAGGCAGAGCAAGAAGGUCUUGGAGGGGACGAGGAGGAGAAGCCUACCAGGACUUCCUCUGAAAGCAUUUAUUCUAGACCAGGCUCCAGCAUCCCUGGUUCCCCAGGUCAUACUAUCUGUGCAAAAGUGGACAACGAAAUCCUGGAUUAUAAGGAUUUAGCAGCCAUUCCCAAGGUCAAGGCAAUUUAUGAUAUUGAACGUCCAGAUCUUAUUACCUAUGAGCCUUUCUACACUUCAGGCUAUGAUGACAAACAGGAGAGGCAGAGCCUGGGAGAGUCUCCAAGGACUUUGUCUCCUACUCCAUCAGCAGAAGGCUACCAGGACUCUCGGGACCGGGUGAUCCAUCGAUCCACCAGCCAGGGCUCCAUCAGCUCCCCCGUCUAUAGCCGUCACAGCUACACUCCGACCACAUCUCGCUCUCCCCAGCAUUUUCACAGACCUGAGCUGCUGUCUCCUGGUGUGCAAAGGUUGUCCCACCUACGCACCAGCAGCCUCAGCUCCGCCCACAGCGACUCCCGCCCCAACUCCCCCUUCCGACACCACUUCAUUCCCCAUAUCAAAGGCAAUGAGCCGUCCAGCGGCCGGAACUCCCCUCUCCCUUACCGGCCAGACAGUCGUCCUCUCACUCCAACCUAUGCCCAGGCCCCUAAACAUUUCCAUGUUCCAGAUCAAGGGAUCAACAUUUACCGAAAACCACCCAUCUACAAACAGCAUGAUGCAGCUGCCUUGGCAGCCCAGAGCAAGUCUUCAGAAGAUAUCAUCAAGUUUUCCAAGUUCCCAGCAGCCCAGGCUCCAGACCCCAGCGAGAUACCAAAGAUUGAGACGGACCACUGGCCCGGUCCCCCCUCACUUGCUGCCGUAGGAGCCGACAUGAGACGCAGAUCUAGCGGCAGAGAGGAAGAUGAGGAGGAGCUUCUGAGGCGCCGGCAGCUGCAAGAAGAGCAAUUAAUGAAGCUCAACUCAGGCCUGGGGCAGUUGAUAUUGAAAGAGGAGAUGGAGAAGGAGAGCCGGGAGAGGUCGUCCCUGACAGCCAGUCGCUAUGAUUCUCCCAUCAACUCAGCUUCACAUGUUCUAUCAUCUAAAACCUCAUCUCUCCCAGGCUAUGGAAAAAAUGGGCUUCAUCGGCCUGUUUCUACAGACUUUGCUCAGUACAACAGCUACGGGGAUGUCAGUGGGGGAGUGCGAGACUACCAGACUCUCCCCGAUGGCCACAUGUCUGGGACGAGAAUGGAUCGAGGGGUGUCCAUGCCCAACAUGUUGGAACCAAAGAUAUUUCCAUAUGAAAUGCUGAUGGUGACCAACAGAGGGCGCAACAAAAUCCUAAGAGAUGUGGACAGAACCAGGCUGGAGCGCCACUUAGCCCCAGAAGUGUUUCGGGAAAUCUUUGGAAUGUCCAUACAGGAAUUUGACAAGUUACCUCUUUGGAGACGCAACGACAUGAAGAAGAAAGCGAAACUCUUCUAAGCCCGCCCCCCACAUACCCCGCUGUGUAGACAGCAGUUAGGAAAAAGACUGAUGUGGCGGCGACACAUAGGAUGUUGUGUUAAGGCCCAAACUUGAUUGGAGAAUUUGCAAACUACUAUCCCUCAGCAACAACAAAACGGGAAACCUGAUUAAAAUACCCAUAAGCCAAAUAUUGGGCCAACCACUGGCAACACUUGCCAAGAAGUAACGGGGUUGAAAUUUCUGUGUUCCCCACACUCGACAGUAGUGUUCACAUGUGACCUUUUGACAUCACCUUAUGUACACAACAGGAGCUACUUCUUUCAUUUCCUUUAUUGUCUAACCAGAGUGCUGACUGUAUGGGUAGGAGCCAGCAAGUGCCCUUAGGAUGCCGCGUGGAAAAAAGCAGUUGUAAUCAUUCCAAAGUAGGAAUAUAUUUAUUAUGUAGCACCGUGGCUAAGAAGGAAGAGCCUGAGGGACAUAUCCAUGUGGUCGCGCCGCUUUGCACACCCCUGUCCUCACUGGCCCCAUGAAGCCCGGCCUGGGCCCCAGCAGGAUAGAAGUCAGAGUCAGGGAACUGAGCAGCUCUGAGUGAGUGGGCUGAAUAGCAGCCAAGGUCAUUUUUAACAAGCUCCUUUUUCUCUACUCUUUGCUAGGACCUGGUUGGCAAAUUACUUAGCUAUUACUUAAAAAAAAAGAGAGAGAGAGGGAAAAGGAAUGAAAGGAGUAUCUCCCUUAAUCCUUUUUCUGUGGUAAAUUGUACGCUUCAUUCUGCCUCCCCACCACUGCAGGCCCCCACUGCAAAGAAAGGAAAGGGAGAAGUGAUCUCCAUUUGUGUGCUUUUAGAUGAUUUUUGUCCCAGGGCCACAGCACUCUUGGCAAAAAAAAAAAAAAAAAAAAAGGAAGGGAGGAAAAGAAAGAAAGAGAAAGAAAAAGAAAAAUUCUGUGUCCCGCCAAUGCAAGUUCUUCUACCCUGCAUCCUCUGCUUCUCAUCCAGUGUCCUCUGAAUCUGAUCAAGCCCACAUGGAUUUUGGAUUUUUUUUUUUUUUUUGAGGUCUUUUCACUAGUAGCCUAAGGAAAGGCACGCUUUGCUCUUGGAAAUCUCUGCAACUCCAGGGUAUAUUGCCUCAGAUUGAUUUAAUUUGGCCUUUUCAGCUUUCCUUCUUGCCUAGCUCUGUUGACUUCACGGUGUGUGUGUGUAAGUGUGUGUACGUGAACGCACCCAGCGUAGUUUGGGGAGUCCGCAUGUUCUUUUAUAUUUCACCUCUGCUUGAAUGUUUGUCCCGCUGUGCUGCAGCUUCUGAGGGAUGUUUGCACACGUGCACAUGACUCAGAGGUCAGGGUUGAGGCUACACCGCACCCGACGGCAUCCUUUGUGGAAGGGUGUCCGUGUCAGGAGCCGGCAUCCCCCGUGAUUCAGGUUCUCAGGUCAGCAGCACAGUGAAGAGCCCAGACGUCAGAUCAGGCUGUACAUGGACAUUGGAGUGUCACACCGGAGUCCGAAAAUUCAGCAACACCAGAUUGGAAGGGGAGCCUAGGAUUUCACCGAAACUCGCAUGUGAGACCCCAUCAUGAUUCCCGGACGCCUCUGGCCGUGACUCCAAUGAGCGGUGAGGUGGACAAGGGAGGGUAUCUCCAUCCAGCUCCACACAUGGGUGGUUUUCACAUUUAUUCUCGUGCUUUGGGGGCUCUGCCUAGGAAUUUAAAUUCUGUUUUAAAGCCAAAGGGAAAUCGUUUGAAUUCUCUUCAUAUGCCGCUUCUAAUUAAAGCUCAGAAAUUCUUCCUGCUGCCACCAAAUACUCGAAUUAGUUAGUAGCCAAUCUCCAUGGUAAAAAGCAAGUAAAAAUCGUUUUGGAGCCUCUGCUGCAGAUCUCUAACUUGGGACCCACUCUGUCACCCGGCUGAUAUGAUGGGCUCUCUGAGGGCUUUAUGCCUCUCCUGUGCUCUUCCCGAAGGGCUUGGAAAUGGCAUGUCCUUCCAGUGCUGCACACUGAAUGUUUGAGGACCGUUCUCACAAAUACGAGCAUGCAUGUGUGCACGCACAUGUGCACGCGUGGAUGUGUGUGUGUGGAUGUGUGUUCACAUCUAACGAAAGCUAUUAGCACAUAAAAAUUCCAGUUGUUAAUGCAGUCCAAGGCACAGGAUUAUUACUAACAUAUUUUGCAAAUGAUCCUGAUGGAGCAGACGUGAGACGACCAGCUCCUCCUCAGGCUGAAGCCCCCAGAUUGCAGCUUGCAGUUCGGUGCCUUCAGUGGCCUCUUGCUUUAAUUCAGUAUUUCUGCUGUUCCGUCUUCGCUCUGAUCUCUCUGGCAGCGGCAGCCUCAGUAUAAUGCCUGCGUAUCCUAGUCCUUGCUUUGCUCUGGCAAAGUGUGAGGAGUGGGGACCAUGGUGCAUUCCCAGUCAUCAACAACGAGGAUGGCCAGAUGGGUCCCAGUGCUAGGCUGGUGGAGAGAAUUUGUUCAUUACGGGGAUCAUAAAGGACCCUCAGUGUUGUCGUUGGUUAAUGAGUUAUGAUCCAUGCACAUGCCGAGCAAAUGUCAGUGUGAGAAAAAUUGCAAUGAUAGUUAAAGAUCUGAACCCAAAACCUGCUCCCACCGGCGAAACUCUACUUUUCUCAUCUCUUUUGAAUUCAGUUCUGCAUCCAACUUGGGGGUGGGGGAUGGGAAGCUUCUUUCCAUAUCAAGUUUAUUAGCUUGUUUAAAACUAUACCGUGCAAAAAAAAAAAAAAAAAAUGCAUUACCAGAAAAUGUCAGUAGCCUCCUGUUGCAAGCAGCACGGUGCUAUGCUCUGGGGAGGGGUCGUGGGAAACCAUAAUGUGGACUGGGUUCCCCGGCUCCACUCCCAGCAGAAGGCUCCAGCUGGAGGGAUGGGCCAUGGGGCAACCUGGUUCUCCCAACUGCCAAAUCUAAUAUAUGGCUACAAUGGCCUAUCCAUUUUUUUUUCUUUAAACUGGACUCAGCAUGCUUGUCCUCAAAAUGUCCAGGCCACUGUGCAGGAGAUUGGGGUUCUCUGCUUGAACCCCACUCUGCACUGCACAUAAAAAUUCCAGUUGUUAAUGCAGUCCAAGGCACAGGAUUAUUCACUCUAGGCGAGGACUUCUACACAUGGCAAACUUUCCUGGUCCAUACCCCAAGGGCUAUAUUUUUGAGCACUGGGCUUAUUUGUGAUUCUUUAAACACACAACACCUGCACGAAGCGAAAGAGGCCUCUGACAACGUGAAAGUCAGUACUUCCUUUAAAGUUUCUUCCAGAAGAGCCAGGAUACCAUUUAUUCUUCCCGUGUGGUUUAAGAUGAGACCUAAAGAGCAUUUGAGAACUUGGAGGGCCAACCAUGCAUCUAUAUUUCGGUUUGCGUUAGUUAUGAAAUGUCCUUAAUGUGACUUCUUUGGUAACUAAAGAUAAACUGCCUGUUCUCUGAAACCUCCAACAGAAAAGCCAGGGUUAAUGGGUCAUACGGUGCACAUUCCCUCUGCCACUCUCAUCCUCUCAAUCUGGUGAUGGCCGUCAACUCUACUUCGAGAAGUCUUGCUGGAAAUGUUUAUAAAACUUUCCCCUAAUUUCUUUACACUUUAAAGCAAACACCUUUUUCUAAAGAAUUGCUUCUCAGAUGAUUAUAUACAAUAUAUAUGCUUUUGCAAGUUAAAAAAAAAUGGAAUUAACCACUUUUGACUAGGUAGGUCUUUCUAAAAAUUCUUUCAAAAAGCUUGGUGUUCGUGUUCUGUGCAUUGAAGGGGCAGGUGAGCCCUCUCUCUGACUGUCAGGAAAGAUGGUGGAAGGAAGUGAACUCUAUGUAACACCCCCCGCCCCCAUGUCGUCUGAGGCAAGCUCAGUUUUUACAAAUCACCUCUUCUAUAUUACUGGUCACUGUUUAAUCUACACUUCCUAGGCCAGCCUUGACCUGACUUGAUCUUUAAAAUUAUUUUCUUUUGACAAACCAAGUGUUUGUGAGUAAACCCUACAACUCACUCAUUAGUACUCCCUUUUGAAGAAUGUUCUCUUCAGAAAAAGAGAUUAUUUCAGGCUUGAGAUUUGCUGUGACACCACCUUAUAGUGAUAAUGUACAUUAAGGAAAUUAGGCAAAUAUAUAAUGAAAGAAACUUUUACUUUGGUUUUAAAAAAAAAGACAAAAUCACUCUUUCCAUUUGCUGCUCAGGAAGCCAUGAGGAGAUGGUGAUUGAUAUGCUCUGCAUAUGGACUUUUGUGUUUUUAUUUGGGUGAGUUUAAUUUAUGGCAGACUCCAAAGGAAAGGGGGAAGUGGUCCGUUUCAGCUGAAAGAAAUUUCUAAACAGUAUAUGUAAACACAGCAAAAUUAAACAAAUGCAACAUUUUCUGAUGGUUGGUGUAAUGGACUGGCAAUUGUUAUCAUGAAAUAAAAUUCUUCCCAAAAGUGUCUCUCUCAAGAGUGAAGAUCCCACGAGUCACUUUCGGAGCCCAUUCACCAAAGGUAGCGGAAGACAAUACUGUACCCACUACCAUUCAGCAAGGUGGUGAGCCACUUAAUGAUUGUAUAUGCCUGUCUUUCCUUACGCCAUGGAAGAGAAAACAGUUGUCCACAAUCUUGAUGUUCCUUUUGGGUUCUGUGUACAGACCCGUCCAGUAAUAAAUGUGUGUGGCAUCUGUGAGUUGCUGACAAUCCAAAUCUCUUGGAGUCCUUUCAUUUUAAGUUCAGUUUAAUGGAAUUUUCUUGCAAGCGUCAGAAGACGUCCAGUCAGUUCUUCCUUCCCUCCCCUUUCAGACAUAUGAGUGUGAGUAUUUGGAAGAACCGCUGUGUACAAGAUGUGUCCUGUCCCCUGUGAAAGUGAGUGGGUGUCGGUCUGCGCCCCACAGACCACGGACUAGUGUGCAGAGGCAGGGGCGGCCGCUGGCCCCGCGUUGCCGUGCCUGACGGUCCCGACCUGCUCCGCGCUCCUGUUGCAGGCAGCACCCGCCGCUCCCCGCCCUGUCCUCUGCGUUGCUGCUGUGCACUCACCACUCAGUGAAUAAAGUGUGUGCUUUAUUCUAUUGA